UAUAUAUAUGUGCAAGCACGACGGUGGACCCUGAAAUCUGAAUAGUGAGCAGGUCAAUCCCUGACAAUUGCCACGUCAGCUAAUUGAAGUACCAAGUACCACUGCUAUACCCCCACUAUUCUUUCGCCACGCCGCCAUUCUGCGCCACCCAACCACACCGGUGUUCCGCCGUAAUCACCAUGAGCACCGCCGAAGAACAAAACCUGAGUGCCGACGGCGCAGCCCAUCUGGACACCAUCUUCAAGCAGAAAAAGGCCCUUCGCUCCGUAGUUAAGAGAGAUCUCAAGUCCCUGGAUCCUUCCCUUAGAUCCCAACAAGAUGAAGCAAUACAAAGGAUUGUGUUGGACGCUCCGUGGUUUAAGGCUUCUAAGAGAUUGUGCGCUUACAUAAGUUGUAGUGCUUUGCGGGAAGUUGAUACAUCCCAACUACUGUCUCACAUUCUCCAGAAGCCAUCCACAGAAUCGGAUUUGCAAAUGAGGAAAAAGCUUUAUGUUCCACGUGUGGAAGACAAGAACAGAAACAUGCGAAUGCUACACAUCUCAAGCAUUGAGGAAAUGAUUGCAAAUUCAAUGAACAUCUUGGAGCCAGCUCCAGUAGAUGCUGAAGGAAAUGAUAGGGAAGAUGUCUUGUUGGCGGAUGAGCCUGUUGAUUUGUUAAUUUUACCUGGACUUGCUUUUGACAAAGCUGGAAGGCGGCUGGGCCGUGGUGGAGGUUAUUACGAUACCUUCUUGACAAGAUAUCAGGAACGUGCAAAGGAGCGAAAUUGGAAGCAACCUCUCAAGAUUGCGCUUUCUUACUCAGUGCAGAUAUUGGAUGAGGGCACUAUACCACUAACUCCAAAUGAUGUUCUUGUUGAUGCACUUGUAUCACCUUCUGGUCUGAUCCCCAUUAGUCCAGCUGCACUGGAGAUAUUCCAUUGAUAAAGAUGCUCCUCUAAAGACCCUCAGGCCUCAGGUCUACAGUUGCACCGAGUAGAGGUGACACAAAAUCCUUUCACUUAACUAAUGGAUCUGACUGUGAAGAAAUCAUGUACUUUUACUUCAUCAAGACUCAAGUGCAAGGGUUAACAGAUGGUUCUGUUUCAUUGCAUCUAGAUAAAGAGCCUUGGGGAAAGUUCCUAAUCUGUUGUAUUCUACUGAUAUUGAGUUGAGAAACCUGAAGAAAACUGUGUCCUGAAUGCGUUGUAUUCUACUAGUGUUAAUUGUGUAAGAGUACUCAUAUAGCUAAAGUAAUACCCUUUGGUUUGAAGUUAUUGUCCCUUUGGUUUGAAGUUAUUGUCA